AUGGCACCACCAAAGAGAUUUUGGGCUAGAUUAAAGCUAUCUCCCAAAUUUUUAGGCACUUUGCCCGAGUUUCCAGCGUAUAUCUCAAAGUCACGUCUAAAGAAGCUAGCCCAAGAGGAAAGAAGAUCCGGUACUACUUCAAUGAACACGCUGCAGAGGUCGUCACCUGCACCUGAAGGAGGAGCAUCUACCACUGGUACAACAAUCAGUAAUUACAAAGUGAAUGUGGGGUUGAAGGAAGGGUCAACAUCCGGAUUAACAAUCAACAGCAUAACAAGCGGGCAAUACUCUUUGGACAAAUCAGGCAGACCAGCAAAACGAUGGGUUAAAAAACCAAGGCUGUUUAAAACUUUUACUGGAUUCAAAGUAACAUGCGUGACGUACAAGCCUGAGCAUAGUGCAGAAACAAAGGAAACUCAGAAAAUCGAACAAAAAGAGUUGAUACUGAAUAGCAGUACAAAUGGCACCACAACUCCAGGUAACACGUCAGCAACAAACAGUAAAUAA